UGCAUCCUUUCAUUCCAUGGUCACCACUCACUCCCAAACUCAUCAAGUCCUCUACAGUACAUCAAUCUCUUCUCAUUCUCUUCCGUCUCUCUGCCAGUCAAAAAACCCCGGAAGAGAAAAAUGGUUUCCGAGUCUCUUGGCCAUCUCUUCCUUGUUUCUUUCCCAGCCCAAGGCCAUGUAAAUCCUUUACUUAGACUUGGAAAAAUUCUUGCCUCCAAAGGCUUCCUUGUCACCUUCUCCAGUACUGAAAUCACUGGCAAACAGAUGAGAAAAGCCAGUGACAUCAUAGAUAAGCUGACCCCGUUUGGUGAUGGCUUUAUCCGGUUUGAAUUCUUUGAAGAUGGAUGGGAAGAGGACCAGGAUAGGCACCAAGACCUUGAUCAAUACUUACUUCAACUUGAGCUUGUUGGUAAACAAGUAAUUCCUCAAAUGAUCAAGAAAAAUGCAGAGCAAGGGCGGCCUGUUUCUUGCCUCAUAAACAACCCUUUCAUUCCUUGGGUUACAGAUGUGGCCACAAGUCUAGGUCUCCCUUCUGCAAUGCUUUGGAUUCAAUCCUGCGCUUGUUUUGCCUCAUAUUACCAUUACUAUCACGGUACUGUACCUUUCCCUGAUGAGGAGCACCCCGAGAUAGAUGUCCAAUUACCAUGCAAUAUGCCUCUCCUAAAACAUGAUGAAGUGCCUAGUUUCUUAUAUCCUACAACUCCUUAUCCUUUCUUGAGGAGGGCUAUUUUAGGUCAGUACAAAAAUCUUGACAAGCCAUUUUGCAUCCUGAUGGAAACAUUCGAAGAGCUUGAACCAGAGCUUAUCAAGCACAUGUCCGAAAUCUUCCCCAUCAAGGCCGUUGGGCCGCUAUUCAGAAAUCCUAAGGCAUCAAAGACAACGGUCCAUGGAGACUUGCUGAAGGCAGAUGAUUGCAUCGAAUGGCUUGACACAAAGCCACCUUCAUCAGUUGUUUAUGUGUCUUUCGGUAGUGUCGUACAAUUGAAGCAAGACCAAUGGAACGAGAUCGCUCAUGGGUUAUUGAAUUCGGUCGUCUCCUUCUUGAUAGUUAUGAAACCAGCCCAGAAAGAUGCUGGACAUGACCUCCUUGUUCUGCCAGAUGGGUUCUUGGAGAAAGCAGGAGACAGGGGCAAGGUGGUGCAAUGGAGUCCUCAAGAGAAGGUUUUAACUCACCCAUCAGUUGCGUGCUUUGUAACACAUUGUGGGUGGAACUCUUCUAUGGAAGCACUCACAUCAGGCAUGCCAGUGGUGGCUUUCCCUCAAUGGGGUGAUCAAGUAACUAAUGCAAAAUAUUUGGUCGACAUCCUUAAGGUUGGUGUGAGAAUGUGCCGCGGAGAAGCAGAGAACAAACUGAUUACUCGUGAUGAGAUAGAGAAAUGCUUGUUGGAGGCCACAGUGGGACCUAAGGCAGUGGAAAUGAAGCAGAAUGCAAUGAAAUGGAAGGAGGCAGCCGCGGCAGCAGUGGCUGAGGGUGGUUCCUCCGACUGGAAUAUACGAUCUUUUACUGACGAUAUUGUAAAAGCGAAGGAGUCUGAGAUUGCUAGAAAGUGUAUUGGUUCUAAUGAGUCUCUAGUGUCGGUAGUGGUGAAGUCCAACGAGAAAGUGGCUGAACUGGUGGGGUCAUCGGCAUGAGUAGAUUUGCUAUAUAUGCCGUGAAUAUGGAACGGGUUUAAUCCAGUGUUAGUAUGAUGAUAUUACUCUUGUUAUGUAGUUGUCUGCUUUUUACUUCUUUUAAUUAGCUAUUAAUAAUAUACAGUAAAGGCCUAAUGCCAUAUAAAGGCCAUAUGUAUGGUUGUUAUCGAAUUUAUAAUUUGCUAAUAUCUUAUUGGUUUGAAUUGCUUGGAA